UCCGGUGUGCAGAACAUACAUCUCCCAAUUAAUUAUAAGCGGACCCGAGCUUUUCUCUUAGCAACUCAUCCUCCUGCGUGAGUUUGGAUCAGCUGCUAAUUGGUUUUCUCUUUUUUUCUCUCUGAAGGUUUUGUUGAGACUAAAGCCAAGAGAAAAACUGUGGACCUGCAGAGGAAGUAUUUCAGAAUUGUGGGAUUUUAAUGAAUUGAACAUCUUUUUUUUUAAGCAUUCAGCUCUGCACUUAUAGCUGGAAAAUAAUAAACGAAACAACGAAGGAAACAGUUCUUCAUUAAGUUAAAGUUUUGUCAGAUUUUCUCGCCAGCAAACCCGACGCGUUUCAAACAUCUCCAGCUGUGGAACAAAGCACAGGUUGUGAAAUUACAGAAGAAAUGUGAAGACAAAUGUGCUCUUUUUCCCCUCUUUGACGCACCGAGUCAGAUCUCUGCUCCUCAUUCUUACAGGUCAGAUGUGUGUGUGGAUGUAAAACGCUGCUGUUAGCUGAGCGUUAUAGGUUUGGUAAAACCUCUCCUAGCUGAAACUCGACCCUCCUACCCGUCACCUCCGCCUGCAAACCGGGGCGCCCCGAGCUGGAAGUGCCGCAGGGGACGCCAUGGGACGAUCUGAAUACUAAUGUGAUGGGCUGUUGAUGGAGAGGAUUUCGAAUGUCAGCCGGGACAGUGGUCAUCGCAGGAGGAAUUCUGGCUACAGUCAUCUUACUAACCAUCGUCGCUGUACUGUGUUUAUGUAGGUUACAGUAUUACUGCUGUAAGAGGGAGGAGUCUGAGAAGGGGGAAGAGGAGGAAGCAGAUCUCUCCACCAUGUCGCCAUUCCACCCCCUGGCUCUGUCUGCUCCCCCUACGCCUCCAACGCCAGAGCGCUAUGGUGAUGACCCAGAGGCCUACCCUCCCACAUUCCUCACUGAGGCCAACGGGUCUGCCAGCUACUCCCCCACACCACCGCCGCGCAGGUGUCAACGCUCACACCCUAUCUGCCCGUCCUGCGCUCGCUGCUCACUGCCCUUCUACCUGCAGCACCCAGAGAGGCUGUGCAACGGCGGCCGCAGGAUCAGCUACAGGACUGUGCAGCAGCAGGACCUGGAACUGCCCAUGGACCUGGCCAGCUUCUAUCAGAAGCUCAACCUUAUCCGCUCUGUCACCAUGAGGGAGGUGGUCACCCACAGCGUCAGCACCGACGUCUAGGAGAACAGGCCGAGCGGAGACAGCUCUGCCCUGCUGGCCAGGAGGAAAGGUUGAUCAAUACAAACUGCACUGACUCUGUGUUGCAAACACACCAAAUGAACAUGUUAUAUAAAUGUUGUGCUGUGGGUGCAGCAUUGAUACUGUGCUGGACUGAUAUACUAUCUAUCUCCCUUCAGCCAUAUUGGAGAUCUACAGGUCUGGAGCAACUGCUAACAGCCGCAGAUAUUUCUAAAGCUUAAACAUUUGUUUCUGACAGAGCUGAACAGACAAACUGCUCAUUUUGUGACCAAUAUGUCUGAUUUUUAUGUUUAGAAAAUGAGCUUGUUUGCUAAUUAGCCAGUUAUGUAGCUAACCAAUAUAUGCUGUAUGUAUCAACUUAUAAACAAGAAAAAUUACAA